UAAGAGACAAAUACGCUUAUUUUUCUCGGUCUCUCUCUCCCUCCCCCGGAAACUCUCUGUCUCUCUGUCUCUCUGUCUCUCGAUUGUAAUCCAUUCGAACCCGAUCGUUUUCCUCCGCAAUCCGUCGAUUCUGUUGCUUCUACUCCCUCUACGCCGCCCCAAGAUUUUGGAAGGGGCUUCGAUAAUUGUUGAAACAGAUUAUAAUUUGUCGAAACCUUGAUGGGUCGGAAGAAGCCGACUGCUCGUGACGAUGAGAACCCGCAACCUGCUGCGGGUGCUAAGUCGAAGAAGAAGGCUGUGGUAAUCGAAGACGAUGAGUAUUCUAUUGGAACUGAGCUGUCCGAGGAGUCUCAGGUGCAGGAAGAGAAAGUUGCUGUCACUGGAAAGAAGGGCAAAAAGGGUAAUUCAAAAGCUUCAAAGAAGGGUAGGGAUGAGGACGACCUCGACGAUGUGGGAAAGGGGGACGAGGGCGAAGAUGAGGUUCCCCAAGUUGCUUUCACUGGAAAGAAGAAGGGAAAGUCGAAGAAGAGUGGUGGGAAUAGUGUGGUCAGCGCUUCGAGUUUUGGGCUGCUUGGAGAUGAAGAAGACGGUGUUGAUGAUGAGAAAUCUGGGUUAACUGGUAAUGAUGAGGAGGAUGCUCCAGUGGUGAGUUUUUCUGGCAAGAAGAAGGCUUCGAAAUCGUCAAAGAAAACUGGUGAUAGUUUGUUUACAGGGUCCCCUUUUGAUGCGAUUGGUGAUGAAGGCGAUAGUGAUGUUGAGGUUGUUGAUGGUUCUGUGGGUAAGAGUGAAGAAUAUGAUGAUAGUGAGAAUGAAGAUGAGCCUGUAAUUUCUUUUACGGGGAAGAAGAAGCCAUCCAAGGGUGGAAAGAAGGGCGGGAGUGUGUUUGCAGCAGCUAGCUUUGAUGUUCUCGAUGAUGCAGAUGAGGAUAAGGAUGAAAAGAAAGAUGAGGACGAUGAAGUUCUUCAGAUUACAUUCUCCGGUAAGAAAAAGAAGUCAUCAAAGGGUUCAAAGAAGAGCGGUGGUAAUUCUUUUAGCUCAGCCCUGCUUGAUGAGGGGGAUGAUGAAGAUACUUCAGUAUCCGAACCAACUAGAGUUGGUGAUCACACAGUUGAUGAUGAAGAUGAAUCUGUGAUUGCAUUCACAGGUAAAAAGAAGUCUUCCAAAAAGAAAGGUAAUGAUGUUUUUACUGCAUUGAGUGAAGAUACAGAUGUAAUUGAACCGGAACAACCAAGUAAUGAAACUAAUAAAAGCGAAGCUGAUGAUUCUAAAACUAACAAGAGUAAAGAGGUUCCAGAAACUUCAAAAAGUAAGAAAAAGAAGAAGAAGAGUGGACGGACUGCUCAAGAAGAAGAUGACUUGGAUAAAAUUCUUGCUGAGCUAGGUGAGGCUCCUACAACAUUGACCCCAGCUGAGGCUACUAUGAAAGAGGAGAAAGUUGAGGUUCAACCUGAUCCGGUUGCCCCGGUUGAUGCUUCUGGUGAAAAGGAAGGUGAACAAGAGACUGUGGAGUCUGCUGCCGCCAAGAAGAAGAGAAAGAAGAAGGAGAAGGAAAAGGAGAAAAAGGCAGCAGUGGCAGCGGGGACUGCUACUGCCCCCGUGGUUACUAUGGAUGAUAAACAAGAAGAAACCCAAAUUGAACCCACAGACCCCAAGAAGAAAGAAGUGAAAGGUAAAGUAGCAGAUAAGAAACUUCCAAAACAUGUGAGGGAGAUGCAAGAGGCUCUUGCUAGGCGACAGGAACUAGAAGAGAGAUUGAAAAGGGAAGCAGAGGAGAAACAGAGGAAAGAAGAAGAGGAGCGGCGUAAGCAGGAAGAACUUGAGAGGGAAAAGGAGGCGGCCAGGAUUCUGAAAAAGGAAAGGGAAAAGGAGAAGCUACAAAGGAAGAGACAGGAAGGCAAGAUUUUAACUGCGAAGCAAAAAGAAGAACAACGCAGGCGGGAGGCAAUGAGAAACCAGAUACUUGCUAAUGGGGGUUUGCCUCUCCCUACCACAGACAAUGAGAAAAAGGCUAAACGGCCUAUGUAUCAGAAAAAGAAGACAAAAGCAGCACCCAUUCAUGCAAAUGGUGCAGCUUCUGCGAAGCCAGUGGAAAACCUAGAAGAGGGAGACCAGCAGGACACUAUCCCCGAGCCAGAGUCUGGGGAAUUUGAGGUUGAAGAUGCAGAGUCACUGGAUCUGGAGGAUAAAUCUGAAGUUGCUGAAUCUGUUAAGAAUGGAGUGGAAGAAGAAGAAGAAGAAGAAGAUGACGAUGAUGAUCCUUGGGAUGUUAAGAGCUUUGAUGAUGUUAACCUUUCUGUUAAACGUGGAUUUUCUGAUGAAGAGAUUGACUCUGAGCCUGAACCUGUUGCAAAAAAAGACAUAAAGAGUUCAGGUGCCAAGCCAUCAGUUUCUGCUCAGAAAACCGUUCCUUCUCAACCAAUAAAAUCUCAGGAUGGUGAGGAUAAGAAAAAACAACCUGAUAAUGACGUUGACAAAAGUAAGAAGAAAAGCGUUUCUGUUAAAAAAGAAGCGCCAACUUCUAAUGCUGACCCCAAAGAGAGUGGAGAUAACCUUCGUUCACCUAUUUGUUGCAUUAUGGGCCAUGUUGAUACUGGUAAAACUAAGCUGCUGGAUUGUAUCAGAGGCACAAAUGUUCAGGAAGGUGAGGCUGGAGGUAUUACUCAGCAGAUUGGAGCAACAUAUUUUCCUGCUGAGAACAUUCGUGAGAGGACUAAAGAACUGAAAGCUGAUGCGAAGCUGAAGGUCCCUGGUCUGUUGGUCAUUGAUACCCCCGGGCAUGAGUCAUUCACUAAUUUACGGUCACGGGGCUCAGGUUUAUGUGAUAUUGCUAUAUUGGUUGUUGACAUUAUGCAUGGCUUAGAGCCUCAGACAAUAGAGUCACUCAACCUUUUGAAAAUGAGGAAUACGGAAUUUAUUGUUGCACUAAAUAAGGUGGACAGACUCUACGGGUGGAAAACCUGCCGCAAUGCACCAAUUGUGAAAGCAAUGAAGCAACAAUCUAAGGAUGUACAAAAUGAGUUCAAUAUGAGGCUUGUACAGAUUAUCACUCAAUUCAAGGAGCAGGGUUUAAAUACUGAAUUGUAUUAUAAGAAUAAAGAAAUGGGGGAAACCUACAGUAUUAUUCCUACAAGUGCCAUUAGUGGUGAAGGAAUUCCAGAUUUGCUAUUACUAUUGGUUCAGUGGACGCAGAAAACUAUGGUUGAGAAACUCACUUUCAGCAAUGAAAUCCAGUGUACGGUUUUGGAGGUUAAGGUUGUGGAAGGCCUUGGGACAACAAUUGAUGUUGUAUUGGUUAAUGGUGUGCUUCAUGAAGGAGAUCAAAUAGUGGUUUGCGGCAUGCAGGGACCUAUUGUUGCUACAAUUCGAUCUUUAUUGACUCCACAUCCAAUGAAAGAACUUCGUGUGAAGGGAGCGUAUCUGCAUCAUAGUGAAAUCAAGGCUGCACAGGGUAUCAAAAUUGCAGCACAGGGUCUUGAACACGCUAUUGCUGGUACUGCCCUACAUGUGGUAGGGCCUCAUGAUGACUUGGAGGAUAUCAAGGAAACAGCUAUGGAAGACAUGAAGUCAGUUUUGAAUAGAAUUGACAAGACUGGUGAGGGAGUUUGCGUACAAGCAUCCACUCUAGGUUCCUUGGAAGCAUUGCUAGAGUUUUUGAAAACACCAGCUGUAAACAUUCCUGUUAGUGGUAUUAGCAUAGGCCCUGUACACAAAAAGGAUGUCAUGAAGGCCAGUGUAAUGCUUGAAAAGAAAAAGGAGUUUGCCACCAUCUUGGCAUUUGAUGUCAAAGUUACACCAGAGGCCCGAGAAAUGGCAGACGAUUUAGGUGUGAAGAUUUUUAUUGCUGAUAUCAUCUAUCACUUGUUCGAUCAAUUUAAGGCAUAUAUUGACAAUAUUAAGGAGGAAAAGAAGAAGGAAUCUGCUGAUGAAGCUGUCUUUCCUUGCGUGCUCAAGAUUAUGCCCAACUGUGUUUUCAACAAGAAGGAUCCAAUUAUCUUGGGGGUUGACGUUCUCGAUGGCAUUUUGAAGGUGGGUACUCCAAUUUGUAUUCCUCAAAGGGAUUUUAUUUCUAUUGGGCGCAUUGCAUCCAUUGAAAAUAACCACAAACCUGUUGAUAUGGCGAAGAAGGGGUCGAAAUUAGCCAUUAAGAUUAUUGGGUCAAAUUCCGAAGAACAGCAAAAGAUGUUUGGUAGGCAUUUUGAGAUUGAUGAUGAACUUGUCAGCCAAAUCUCAAGGAAUUCGAUUGAUGUACUUAAAGCGAAUUACCGAGAUGAACUGUCAAUGGACGAGUGGAAGCUGCUUGUGAAAUUGAAGAAACUUUUCGAGAUUCCAUGAGAAAAGCUAGUGCUAUAUAUCUGAGCAAAUUCUUUUUUUGCACGACACUCGGAGGCUUUACUGACUUCAGCUGCAAUCAGAAAGGAUACCAAGGUUCGUUGCGGAUCUAUUUUUGAUCGUAAGCGGCACAAAUACCUUUGGGCACUUAAAUUCAAGGCAAUCAUAUGUGAAGGGGGAGAAAAAGUUCCGGUUAGCGUUUCCAUGAGGUCAUUUUUCCAAGAGUCCGCAUUGCAUUUUUUGUCCAUGUAGCGUCGAUACCUUCUUUAGCCACUUUGAACUUUAGUUUCUCUAGAGUUUAUGAUACCACCCUAUGCCGUGGCAAGUUGAUCCAAGUUGAUAUUGAUGGAAGAAAAUAUGUUUUGGCCUCACGCGACCGCUGCUUUGGAUGAGUAACGGUUGAUUUGUCAUGCCGAAACAGUUUUGUUCAGUCCUCUUGGAUAACCCGACAGGAAUGAUCUGAAUUCGACAUUAAAGCUGUAAGGUUGUAGGCACGUAUGUAUGUUAUCGUUGUUUUGCUAACGGUAUAAUACAAGGAAACGUCAAAUAGAAAUUACUCUCUUGGUGCCCUCA